UGUUUAUCAAAAAUGUCACCACAGAAGCACAGCGACUUGUACUUUGGGGUGUGGCAAAUGGUCCUUUCUAUAGGAGGCUGUGAUUUUUUUGUUGGUUUUUUUUUGGAAGAAGAGAACAACAGCUACUGCUUUCAAAUUUGCUUUGCUUUGUCUCGUCUUUUGACUCCUCCCAUUGGCUUUCCAAAGGGAUCCUAUAAAUAAAAGGUAACACAAGUACAGUGCCCCUGACACCUGUGCACAACUCCUCAUACACACACCCGCCUCUACUCAGUAGCCGAGCACAAGAAGACAGUAUGUCGUCGAUUGCAGAGAAAUUGGCCAAGGAGAGGGCACGAGCACAGGGCUUUGGAAGCAACACAAAUGCAGUGAAAUUCCUGCGACAGGACUUUGAGGUGCUCCGCAGGCAGUGUCUUGAGUCUGGAACUCUUUUUAAUGAUGACAUGUUUCCAGCUAAGCCAGAGUCCCUUGGUUUUAAAGAACUGAGUCGAUGUUCAGGCAAGACACAGGGUGUGGAAUGGAAACGGCCAACGGAGUUGUGCUCCAAUCCCCAGUUUAUUGUUGGAGGGGCCACUAGGACUGACAUCUGCCAAGGAGCCCUGGGUGAUUGCUGGCUCCUAGCAGCCAUCGCCUCUUUGACUCUGCAGGAGGAGAUCCUUGCCAGGGUCGUUCCCAGCGGACAGAGCUUUCAAGAGGACUAUGCUGGAAUCUUUCACUUCCAGUUCUGGCAGUAUGGAGAGUGGGUUGACGUGGUGAUUGAUGACAGGCUGCCCACGAGGAACGGAGAGCUGCUGUUUGUCCACUCAGCUGAAGGGUCAGAGUUCUGGAGCGCUCUGCUGGAGAAGGCCUACGCCAAGGUCAAUGGCUGCUAUGAGGCCCUGUCUGGGGGGUCCACCAUUGAAGGCUUUGAGGACUUCACCGGUGGCAUUGCAGAGACGUACGAGCUGAAGAAAGCCCCACCAACCCUCUUCAAAAUCAUCCAGAAAGCCUUGAAAAGAGGAUCCCUUCUCGGGUGCUCAAUUGAUAUCACCAGUGCCUACGAUUCUGAAGCUGUCACCUCUGAGAAACUGGUGAAGGGACACGCUUAUUCCAUGACUGGAGCCGAGGAGGUCAUCUAUAAAGGGCAGCCAGAGAGGAUUGUCCGGAUCAGAAACCCCUGGGGUCAGGUGGAGUGGACAGGAGCCUGGAGCGACAACUCAAGGGAGUGGGACUAUAUCUCUCCUGAUGUGAAGCUGAAGCUGGAUAAUAAAGCAGAAGAUGGAGAAUUCUGGAUGUCCUACAGGGAUUUUUUGAGCCAUUAUUCCAGGCUGGAGAUCUGUAACCUGACCCCUGAUACCCUGAGCAGCGAUGAAGUCCACAAGUGGAGUCUGUCCCAGUUUGAGGGGCAGUGGAGGGUGGGCUCCACCGCCGGAGGGUGCAGGAACUACGCUGCCACCUUUUGCUCCAACCCCCAGUUUGCCAUCAAGCUGCUGGAGGUAGAUGAUGACCCCCAUGAUAAUGUGGCUGGCUGCACCUUCCUGGUGGGAUUGAUGCAGAAGAACUGCAGGAAUGAGAGAAGACUGGGGAGGGACCUGAACACCAUCGGCUUCGCUAUUUAUAAGGUUCCCGAUGAGUACAAGGGUCGCAGCAACAUCCGCUUGGGUCCUGACGUCCUCUUGAGGCAGCCUGCUGUAGGCAGGAGCGACACUUUCAUUAACCUUCGGGAACUGUGCACCCGCUUCACCCUCCCGCCUGGCGAGUACGUCAUCGUACCAUCAACCUUCGAGCCACACAAAGCUGGAAACUUCAUCAUGAGGGUCUUUUCUGAGAAGCAGGCUGAAGCAAGUCACAUGGAACAUGAUAUUGAAGCAAAUAUUUAUGAGCCUGAAGUUGAUGAAAAUAGAAUCGACCCCCGCUUCAGAAAAAUGUUUUUACAGAUAUCAGGAAGCGAUUCAGAGGUGUCUGUCUUUGAACUUGUUACCAUUCUGAACAAAAUAAUGGCACAGCGAUCUGACGUCAAGACUGAUGGCUUCAGCGUAGAGACCUGCCGCCACAUGGUCAGCCUGCUCGAUAAAGAUGGAACUGGUAAGCUAGGCCUGGUGGAAUUCGCCACCCUGUGGGAGAAGAUUAACAAAUACCUGGACAUCUUUAAGCGUUUCGAUUCCGAUCAAUCUGGCUCCAUGAGUUCCCAUGAGAUGCGAGGAGCUCUAGCAGAAGCAGGUUUUCGUUUAAACAGCUCUUUGAUUCAACUUAUUGUGAGCCACUAUGCGGAUGACUGCUUCGCCAUUGAUUUUGACAACUUUGUGGGGUGCCUGAUUCGACUGGAAAUGCUGUUCAAAAUGUUUAACACUGUUGAUCAUAAUGAAAGUGGAACUGUGGAACUCAAUAUUAACCAGUGGCUGUCCCUUGCGAUUUAGUUAACUGUGUUGACUAUUGGAGAGGAUCUCUUCUGAGCACCUUGUAGACACUUCUCUCCUUGUCUUUUUAAACCGAGGAACGCUUUUUUGGGAAGUGAAAUUAUCACUAGCAUGUUUUUAUUAAAAGACACACAUCCCCUUAGUAAGAAAAAUAAGCAAAAAAUUGGAUUAGUUGGGUUGGUA